AUGUUGGGCAAUCGACAAAGAUUGAUCAAAGAAUUCCACAAAGCAAGGAAGGAAGAGGUCCCUACAAACAUGAAUUCCAUAAGUCGUCAUGAAUUGCUAGAGAUUUUGGUGAACUACUUGGAGACUAAAAUGUACCUAGUUGUAUUGGAUGACGUGUGGGAUAUCCAUCUCUGGAAGAAUAUAAGGUUUUCAUUUCCAGAUACACAACUUGGAAGUCAAAUCUUGAUUACAACUAGAACAGAAGACAUAGCAUCCUCUUCUUUUCGAGUUGAAGGCCAUGUUCACAAGAUUCGAUCGUUGGAAAGGAGUGAUGCUUGGGUGCUCUUUAGCAUGAAAGCAUUCUCAAGUUUACCCUAA